GGUGGGUGCGGCACUAUCCAAGCCUAAAGCCCAAUGUGGACGCUUCUUCAGCUCCUCAUGCUUCUGAGUCCUGCAGACCGAUGAGACUAUGCCGCGUGGCUUCCCUCUAACACGGGCCAAAAUGUGAAGUAGUGUGCUGACCGCUGGCUUCAUGAGGACGCUGCCGCUGACUGUCCACCCCACAUGCACCGGACACUCACAGAAAGGUGUCUUUCUUCAGCUCCUGAGCCUGUGCACAGAGGCCUACAGAGGACCAGUGUGGCUGUGGCUCCUGCUUUUAAGUGGGCUGUGUAGGCCAACAUGGGCCAGCCAUGAGCCAGAUCUAGGAGAUGUGCAGAUCUGCCUGAAAGGUGUUACAAAUUCCAUUCAGAACUCUGAUGCAAAGCUGUAUGCUCCGUCAGUGGAUGAGAUCGAAGAGAACUGUGAGAGAUGGUUCCUCCACUGUUACAUGCUAGAGUUGCACAUGGUGCUAUCUGAAGAGCUCAUCGAGGGCGAUGACACAGACUGUAUCGCUCACUUUUUGUACAACAGCCCUAAGGUGGACACUGGGAGCUGUCCUGCAUGUGAAGCCAUGGCACUCAGAAAUUCCACUACGUUCCUGGAUAACCUAAAGAGCUUAUUGGAAAAAUAUGAGGCAUCCUGAGCCAACUGUAAAGUAAUUUGUAAAUACUGAAAUAUAUUCUCUCAAACCUGUGUAUACUGUAAAUAUGUGCAUAUGGUAUUACUGUGAAUUUCAUAAAGCUAUAAAAGACAUAUACUGUUAACAUUAAAAGCCAUAACUGUU